GGACGAUCAUGGACGCUUCCUUACAGCGGAUGCAGAGGUCAAGCAGCUCCGGGAGUACUCAGAGGACCUCUUUGGUACAGGAUUGCUGUUCAAGAAGCUCUCGAACCAGAUUACCUCAGAAGAGCUGGCCAGAAUGAUCACAAUGUAUGCGGACGACACUCUUCUUCAGAAGCACUUUAAUAGCUUUGAGGAUCUACGUGAAGCGCUCGAAUGCUGCGAUCUCCUCUUGGAUCAGCUCGAGUCUCUAGGCUUUAAAGUGAAUCCCACAAAGUCAGCAAUGCUCAUCCCAACUGCAUGGAGGCUCUGCUCAGACUGCUCGUUCCCAGGUCUUCAGAAAGGAGGAAUGGUCCUCUCAUGUCAAGACUACGAGUCGAAGACCCUGAACCGCAGGAGCUACUCCCAGGAAACGAAGGAGACAAACCAGGAGAACUCAGAUCCAAGUCUCCUGCCUCUGUACUUGCCUCGUGCCAAUGGCUUGCAAAUAGCCAUGGAGGCACUGUCAGGUCAGAAGGGAGCCAAACAGCAUCUGCACAAACAGCACCCCGAGAUCAUGAAGAGGCUGGAGGCUGGCGUCCAGGAGCGGCUCAAGCCAUUCAAGGUCAUACUUCACAAGGGAGACCGGUGUCGCCAGACCGACCCUUUGGUGAGUGCCUUGGCCAAACUGGUCCUCAGACACGACGAGCAACUGCUAGCACUCUCAUGCGACAUCACGUUCAUUUCCUAUAUGCGAACGGAGGAGCACUCGAUCCUUCCCCUGCUAUACGCCGAAAAGAAGCGUCUACAGGCCAGUAUGUCCACUGUCCCUCCCAAGACAGCUCUGGCAUUAAAGUUCUUCAGAGAGCUGAAAGACCGACUGAUCGCAGUGAGCAAAGACAGGGACAUGCAAGCCCAGCUCAUCAAUGAUGGGACGCUAAACUCCGAAGGGGAAUGGCCAUUUUUAGAAUGGUCAUCGGGCGACCAAUCGAUGGUUGAGACACUCGACGAACCGCUCAUUACAUCGCAAGUCGUAUCGGGAUUGGGCGACAUCAUUGCCAGCGGACCCAGCACAAAGCUGACGUCAAGGUGGAGUCACUCCCCAGAACGCUGCGCUGCACUAGCCGAACAGGUGGAGCCUACUGAUCGUCUACGCUUCGAGGAGACCAGGACGAUCGGAAAGCAUCGUUUCGCUCAGUGUUUUCGCGUCAGCAACAUGGUGUAUGACUGCUCCCCUACCCAGCUCACGCUUGCGUUGUUGCCUACUUUCGCGGGCUUGCUUUACAUGCACUUGCGCUCCUCCGGUACGGAGUUACUCCCCGGGGAGGUCCUCAGAGACUUGGAAACGCGUAUCCAGGGACUUUCGAUCAUUACAAAGGACCAAUUAAUGUGUCUCGCGGUGGAGUUACUCCCCGCGGAUGGGGUACGCACGCUGGUACAGCGCCUGGGCAUCCUGCACGGGUUUUCCGAAUGGGAUGAAUUGAAGCGUCGCAGGAGACGCACAUUGGCAGAGCUAUCACUUGUCUACCUCGCCGCGGCAAGACUUCAAUCCGGUGCCUUUGCAGCCCAGGGGCAACACCUCCACACAUACGACCUGGUCGCCCUCGAGCGUGAAACGUAUAUAGCGAGUUAUAUGUGUCGCUUGCUGUCGGAGCCCCUGAAGACUCAGUACCUCGAGCCCACGGAAGCAAUCCGAGGUCGCUUCUUCCAACAAGACAGGACCUUGAACCUAGCAUCUGCCGAGUGGGAGGAGGAGCAUCUCCCCUGUGGAGGUGUCAAGGAGGAGCAUCUCCCCUUUACGUAUCUGGGAGCUGGUGGAGGCGAACAGGAAGAGACAGACAAAGGCAGUUGCUCAGCGAAACCCGAGCCAGCUGCGGGGCACAAAGAGGAUCAGCUACACCUUGAGGCAGUGAACCUGUUGGUUGCCACACCCUCAGAAAAGAUUGCAGCAUCCCUGUUGACUACCUUUUUGGCCACCCGCGUAGGAAUAUAUGGCGAAAGCCUCCUACUUUUACUGGGGAAACCAGAGCAGGAAGAGCAGAACUGGUACCGCUUUCCGUACACCCCGCCUAACACCCUGAAGACGGAGGGGGAGAAAGCGUUCCACGGGACGCAUCUCGAAUGCCUACAUGCCAUUUUGGCGACUGGCAGGCUCUUGCCGUCGUCCUCCGAUGCCAUUGAGGGCGCCAGACACUUUAAUGAUCGUCCCGGCGUCUAUCUGCACAAGGAGAGCAACAGGCACCUGGCGGCAGGUUACGCUGCGCUGACUCGUUAUGGACCCAAACACGCGUUCGUGAGGGCAAUGCUGGAAGUCAGAUACGAUCAAGACGGCUCCCUAAAGAAAGGAAAACAAACGAACCAGUUAAUUCUGAGCUUUGACAGCGUGAAGAUCGAUGCUCUACUGCUGCAGAUUGUGGCGAAGGACCAUCUACAGCUUGCGGAAUACAUCCGAGAAUGGUCCGGAGCCCUAGAGGUGCCUCUCGAAAGCACCAAGAAAGCCUUCGUUGCCCUAGGACUCCAGAAUGCAUGGCAGCCGGACACUGGAAGAAAUGAAUCAGAUGCUCAGUCAAGUGGAGACACUCCCUUGCGAGCGAUCGAGGCUGGAGUUUCUCCCCUGGAGGAACAGAGCGGAGGCAGUGGUGAUCACAUACAGCCCUGGAAAGGGGACAGGGCAGCUUGGGGGCGUAUCGGGAGGAUCCGGGAGCAGCAGACCACGGCCGGAGAGCACUCACGAACUGACGUCGACGACGAAGCUGUGCUGGAAGUGAUGACGGAGGAGAACAACGUCAUCCUCACAGCAGACGAUGUACCCAGAGCCAUCUCUUAUUUUCAAAGUCUCCGGAACCAG